AUGAACCCUUUAUUUUUAAGUCCAGAACAUGUUCUACAAGGAGGAUAUUUUAAUGCAACCCUACGGAAGUUGCAAGAGCCCAAUACUACAAUUGAGCCUCAUAACUUGAUGUACCCAAUUUUUCUCUUAGAAAAUGAAGAUGCUAUGCAAUCUGUAUCGAGUAUGCCAAAUGUUUAUCGUUACGGAAUAAACAAACUGAUUCCAGCACUUGUGGAGCUGGUGGAACAGGGACUGAAAUCCAUCCUUAUAUUUGGUAUAGUUGAAACACUACCCAAGGAUGCAAGAGGCUCAAGUGCGGACUGUGCCGAAAAUCCUGUAGUGAAAGCCUUGCCCAGGAUUCUCGAGGCCUGCCCCAAUCUGACAAUAGCUUGCGAUGUGUGUCUCUGCCCUUACACCUCACAUGGUCAUUGUGGCUUAUUAACUGAGAAAGGUGUUAUUGACCAUGCCGCUUCAGUGAAGAGAAUUGCUGAGGUUGCUUUGGCUUAUGCAAAAGCUGGUGCUCAUAUUGUGGCACCUUCCGAUAUGAUGGACAACAGGAUCAAGGCCAUCAAAGAUGCUCUAGUCGAGAAUAAACUUCAGAAUCAGGUAUCAGUGUUAUCCUACUCGUGUAAAUUCGCGUCUUCAAUGUACGGUCCAUUCCGUGACACUAUGAAGAGUUCCCCGAUGGCUGGUGACCGGAAGUGCUACCAGCUGCCUCCCGGAAGUGCUGGACUUGCGGCGAGAGCUGCGGCUCGGGACGUCAGCGAGGGCGCCGACUUCCUGAUGGUGAAGCCGGGUCUACCUUACCUGGACAUAGUGCGACAGACCAAGGACAAGUAUCCUCAUCACCCACUCUUCAUAUAUCAGGUAUCUGGUGAAUACGCUAUGAUCUCUCGGAAUGGGGACUCCUCGGAGGUGGAGAGUACUCUGAUGGAAACACUCACCUGUAUGAGACGAGCUGGUGGGUGA